AUUGGCGCCGUCAGGCACGACAAGGGGAAAAGAAGUCAGUCACCCGGUGGCAAUCCUUUCAUCCUCACGUCCGCCAGCUCCUUCACAGCUGUUUGUCCCCUGGCCAUCCGUCGCCUCUAUCGACAAAAAGAGGUGGUGUUGCCCAUCUCACGUCUCUCUUUACCAGUCGAGCCUGUACCGAGAGAGCAAUUGGCCUCUCCGGCACCCGCUACAGGGGUCUUUACUGAGAGGCAUCCGCUACCUUGCAUCACGGGCGGCGGUUCUGCGUGCCAAAGGGCCUUUCCCCUCUCCUUCAAUUUCUAGGAACAUCAUUUUCUCGCCCAAGCAUCAAACAGAUUUCCGAGCCAAGUCACGCAUCACUGUCCGACAGUGAUUGGCAAUCACGAUGCGCCCUCGUCGCCACUCCACCCUCAGUGGCGCUGCUACGCCAGCAUCAGCGGCCCCUGCAGCGACUUUAAGUGGCCGUACCACCCGCUCAGGCUCUAUCAGAGCGGCAGCCGCAGGAGACGGGUCCGACGCCAUGGAUAUUUCCAAGGACCCCACGCCUUCCACCAGGAGGCCAAGAGGCAGGCCCUCCAAGGCCUCGCUUCUAGCCGAAUCCGCCGUGGCAUCGCCUUCAACUGCAGAAGUCGCGUCUUCCAGCAGCAAACGGCCCCGUGGCCGGCCCAGCAAAGCGUCCAUCAGUAGCGAAUCCGCCUCCUCGGUGCCUACGCCGCGCGACGCCUCGACUGACAGCGAGUACUCAACUCCAGCCACUAGCAAGGUUCCUACACCUGCCGCGUCCGAGAACAGCACGAAGCCGUCGGGAUCCUCGCUUGAAGUACGCAUUCCGACAAAGUCGCGUCUGGCCGCCUCAAAUAGCGAACGUGCAUUACGCACUAGCGUCUAUGCAAUGAAGGCACCUCCAAAGCAAGGCCCUACCAUCAUUUCAGACUCGGACGAUGAGGACUUCUCGGACAAUUCCCUGGGGGCGCAGGCUGCACGUCGCCUACAACGCGAAGAGUAUGCCAAAGCAGAUGCUGGCCAUCUACCAAUACCCGGCCCUGCCCGUCGAACCAGUCGUGCUUCUAACUCUGGAGCCUCGACCAAGGUGCCACUGCCCACCCGCGCAGCCCCGAAACGCGCACGCGCUUCUACAGGAUCUUCCACUCAGCAGGCUCCACCGGUCAAGAAGGCAAAGGUCAUUCCAGACUCUGAUGAACUCUCCAGUCCUGACUUCGAUAUGGAUGCGGAAAUCGCUGCGGGCGCCGCUUUAGAGUCUGACGGGUUACUCUUCACCGGAGACACAACUGAUGAAGACGACGAUUAUGAUGAUGGCAGCGACGAUGAGCCCUUGAUGUCUGCAAAGCAGAGGGGCAAACAGCCGGUCAAGCCACGCGCGGCCGUGACCAAGGCCAAGCCCUCUACCAAAACCCCUGCCACACAAAAGCUCGCCGGAUCGUCAAGUCAGCGUGCCUUUGUUGUGCACGAUUCAGACUCCGACCCUGGUAUUGAUGAGCCUCUUGACUCCGACUACGAUACUUUGCCGGCUCCUCUCGAUGCGGGCGUCACUUCUGAAUCAGCUGUCUCGUCCGGCUUGAGUUCUGCGGUCACUAGUGAUGACGAGACCAGCGGCCGUCUCGAGAACCUUAGGCAAAUUGCGACGCAGCGCCGCGGAUACAGGCGAGGUAACAACCGACGCCUCAAGAAGGAGCGCAACCGUUUAGAAACGCAUCACCCUGAGCUGUCUACCAUGUGGACUCAUUUGGAAAGCAUGCCGGUUUUGAAGGCAGGCAUGAUUGCACAACCUUCAAGUAUCUCACGACAGCUCAAGCCGUUCCAGCUUGAAGGCGUCGCUUGGAUGAAGGAAAUGGAGAAGACCGAGUGGAGGGGGGGUCUGCUGGGCGAUGAAAUGGGCCUCGGCAAGACGAUUCAGGCCGUCAGUCUCAUCAUGUCCGACUACCCCGCCAAACAGCCAUCACUCGUUCUUGUUCCACCUGUUGCGCUCAUGCAAUGGCAGUCCGAGAUCAAGUCUUACACCGACGGAACCCUCAAAACGUUUGUUUUCCACGGCACUAACCAAAAGGCCAAAAGCAUUACCGUCAAAGAGCUCAAGCAAUACGAUGUCAUCAUGAUGUCGUAUAACAGCCUCGAAUCCAUGUAUCGCAAACAGGAACGCGGGUUCAAGCGCAAGAACGGAAUCCACAAGGAGCAAAGCGUGAUUCAUUCCAUUCAUUUCCAUCGAAUUAUUCUGGACGAGGCGCACUGCAUCAAGACACGCACAACGAUGACCGCCAAGGCGUGCUUUGCACUCAAGACCAGUUACCGCUGGUGCCUGACUGGAACCCCCCUCCAGAACCGUAUCGGAGAGUUCUUUUCACUGAUUCGAUUUUUGAACAUCAAACCGUUCGCCUCGUAUCUAUGCAAGCAGUGCCCUUGCUCAUCGCUGGAGUGGACCAUGAACGAUAACAAUCGUUGCAACCACUGCAACCAUGCCGGCAUGCAGCAUGUGUCGGUCUUCAACCAGGAACUCUUGAACCCCAUUCAAAAGUUUGGCAACCUUGGGCCUGGACGCGAAGCUUUCCGAAAGUUGCGACUCAUGACGGACCGUAUCAUGCUGCGACGGCUGAAGAAGGAUCACACCAACUCCAUGGAGCUUCCGGUCAAGGAGAUUUAUGUCGACAGACAGUUCUUUGGCGAGGAGGAAAACGACUUUGCCAACAGCAUCAUGACGAACGGUCAACGAAAGUUCGACACGUACGUCGCGCAGGGUGUUCUUUUGAACAAUUACGCCAACAUCUUUGGCCUGAUCAUGCAGAUGCGUCAGGUUGCUGACCAUCCGGACUUGAUCUUGAAGAAGAACGCCGAAGGCGGUCAGAACGUCAUGGUCUGCUGCAUUUGUGAUGAACCGGCCGAAGACACGGUGCGGAGCCGUUGCAAGCACGACUUUUGCCGAGCCUGCGUCGCUAGCUACGUACGGUCAACAGAUGAACCAGACUGUCCCCGCUGCCACAUCCCGCUGGCCAUCGAUCUGGAGCAGCCGGAAAUUGAGCAGGACGAAACCCUCGUGAAGAAGAACUCCAUCAUCAACCGCAUCAAGAUGGAGAAUUGGACGUCGUCGUCAAAGAUCGAGCUGCUCGUGCACCAGCUCCAUCAGUUGCGGUCUGACAAUGCGACUCACAAGUCCAUCAUCUUCUCGCAAUUCACCACCAUGCUGCAGCUCAUCGAGUGGCGUCUACGCCGUGCCGGCAUCACGACUGUCAUGCUGGACGGUAGCAUGACGCCGGCUCAGCGCCAAGCAUCCAUCGAGCACUUCAUGAACAAUGUGGACGUAGAGUGCUUCCUCGUGUCGCUCAAGGCGGGCGGCGUGGCCCUCAACCUGACCGAGGCCUCGCGCGUCUUCAUUGUCGAUCCAUGGUGGAACCCAGCGGCCGAGUGGCAAUCUGCUGACCGGUGCCAUCGUAUCGGUCAGACACGGCCCUGCACUAUCACACGACUAUGCAUUGAGGACUCGGUCGAGAGUCGCAUGGUCCUGAUCCAGGAGAAGAAAACCAACAUGAUUCAUUCCACAGUUAACGGCGACGACAAGGCCAUGGACUCUCUCAGCCCAGAGGACAUGCAGUUUCUCUUCCGCGGAUCAUGAGUAUUUGGGCAUGCCACUCCCACGUGGCUCUACGCAUAUCUGGCGUGGACUGGCAAAUUUAUAAUCUGCGUUGCAUUCUAUUUUUCUUCGGCGCUUUCUGGCGGUUCAGUGAGCGAGCGACUGCGGGACAAAACAAGCAUGGAGUCUUGAGGACAUUUGGAGCGGCAUUGUGGUCGCGAAGCGUGCAUGUGCCGUCGAACUAGCGGCCGCAUUUUCACUCAGCAGCGCCUGCACUAUCAUCUCGGCCUAGCCUGGGCUGGGUUCUUGUUGUGGCGAGGAGAUCAACAGUAUACGGGGGACGUUAUACGGGGAAAUCACGCACAGCAUAUAGCUUACCACCACGGCGGCCCUGCCAUAUUCAGGCUUUGGGUCUGCGGAUCGAGUACUAGUGCUACUACAUGAAAACGAGUUUAAUACUAUACGAAAACGGAGCCAGCUG